UCCGGGGCUUUCCAGCGUCCAUGGCGUCUGAACGCAAUUGAAUCGAUUCCUUUUCAUGACCUAGUCCAAAAAAUGAGACCUUCUGCGGCUUAUGAGAGGCUUCUAAACAUUAUUUCAGCUGUUUAAUCGAAUCACUGCGACUAUUAUCUGCGUCCAGCUCAUUUUGGAUUUGUACAGCAGUUCUCAACAUGGCUGCAGCUCUGAGCAUGGACGAUAAUCAGUACGGCAUGAAGAUGUUUGAUAGUGAGUUUGUUAUGGACGUCACCUAUCCUCAUUUAAUGUCUUCCUUUGAGAUUAAAAAUGAACCCUAUGUUCCCGAGACAGCUCAUGGACCAUACUUACAGAUAAUUGAAGAGCCAAAACAAAGAGGCUUCCGGUUUCGUUACGAGUGUGAGGGUCCAUCUCAUGGGGGUCUGCCAGGUGCUUCUAGUGAGAGAAACAGGAGGACAUAUCCUACUGUUAAGAUAUGUAACUACGUGGGUCAUGCUCGGGUCGAGGUGCAGCUCGUGACGCACACCGAACCUCCUCGUGUACAUGCACACAGCCUUGUCGGAAAACAGUGCAAUGAAAAUGGAACAUGCAGCAUAGAUGUGGGUCCUAAUGACCUCACAGCACAGUUCAGCAAUUUGGGUAUUCUGCAUGUCACUAAAAGAGGAGUAAUGGAUGUUCUGACAAAAAGACUGAGGGACGAAAGAAAAAGAGCGAAGCAGUCUGGAUACCAUUUUAGCGAUACAGAAGAGCAGGCUAUUGCGCGAGAAGCAAAAGAGCUGGGCAAGAGCAUGGACCUGAAUAUAGUGAGGCUAAAGUUCACUGCUUACCUUAAGGACAGCAACGGUGGAUUCACCAGAGCUUUGAAACCAGUCGUCUCCAACCCCAUUUACGACAGCAAAUCACCCAAUGCGUCCAACCUCAAGAUCUCACGCAUGGACAAGACUUGUGGCUCGGUGCUGGGAGGGGAUGAGAUCUUCCUGCUGUGCGACAAAGUUCAGAAAGAUGAUAUUGAGAUUCGUUUCUAUGAGGACGAUGAGGGAGGCUGGGAAGCAUACGGAGAUUUCUCUCCCACUGAUGUACACAAACAGUAUGCCAUUGUCUUUAAAACUCCACCAUAUCACAAAGAGAUCGAGCGGCCAGUCACUGUCUUUCUGCAGCUCAAGAGGAAGAAGGGUGGGGACUGCAGCGAGCCCAAACAAUUUACAUAUGUCCCACAAUAUCCAGAUAAAGAGGAGGUUCAACGGAAGAGGAUGAAGUCUCUUCCACAACCCUAUGACCACUGGCGGGGGCCACCGGGUGGGGCAGGUGGCCUGGGUAGAGGAGCUGGGGGCUUCGGAGGUCCUGGAGGAGGUGGAGGUGGAAUAAUGGGAGGAGGAUUUCAGUAUAAUAAUCUGGAUCCGUCGAGUUUCUAUGGUGGCAACUGUGGUGGAUUUGCAGGAGGCGCACAGAUGGCAGGAUCUGCUCCACAGGCAGAUAAUGCCCAGGAGCAACAGCAACAUCAAGAGACGGCUGCCACCUUACAACAACGAAUUGCCUUGGUUCUACAGAAGCGGGCCAUUGCAGUAACCAAGCACAGUGCUAAGGCCCUGUUGGACUACUGCAGCACAGGGGAUGUUCGCUUCCUCCUGAACAUGCAGAGACACCUUUGUGGUGUGCAGGAUGAGAACGGAGAUACGCCCUUGCAUUUGGCUAUUAUCCACCAGCAGCCAGCAGUGGCCACAAAGCUUAUUCAGACGUUCAUAAACACUCACGAAGUGAAAUUCAUCAACAAGUUCAAUCACCUCAACCAGACCCCGCUGCAUUUGGCCGUGAUCACCCAGCAGGCCAAGUUGGUGGAGACCCUGCUAAGAGCAGGUGCAGACCCUACCUUACUGGACAGGGAUGGACGGACAGCAGUGCAUCUAGCUGCUCUUGCUGGAGAUGAGGCCAUACUGAGAGCAUUGCUAAACGUACUAGGAGAUCGCAAUUAUCACCUGCUUAACACCGCCGACUUUUCAGGUAUGUACCCCCUGCACCUGGCUGUGAGGAAAGGAGGCGAGCGUUGCUUGCGUGUGCUGGUUGAGGCCGGUGCCAGGAUCAACAAGCCAGAACAAAAGAGCGGUUGCACGGCCCUACACCUGGCUGUUAAGGAGAACCUUUUCAAAGUGGUCUGCGUUCUCAUCACUGAGCUGAAGGCUGAUGUAAAUGCAUGUACAUUUGGAGGAAACACACCACUGCAUUUGGCUGCCUGUCUCGGCUCUCCCCCCCUCUGCUCCAUGCUUAUAGCAGCAGGUGCAGAUAAACAACUGGAGAAUGACGAGCCACUCUUCUCAUACUCCUCCUCUUCUGAUGAAGAAGACCAAGGUGAAGGGAAAGACGAUAGAGAAGGAGCAGUUGAAAAAGACAUAGCCGACCAUGUACAAGAAAUGUUAAUAUCAUCUGAGAGAACUCAAGUCAACCCGCGCAAGAGACCAGCAGCUGGACACACUCCUUUUGACCUGGCCAACUGUCAGAAAGUUAAAGAUCUGUUGGAUGGUCGCAAGCCGAGUCACCUUUCCUCAAAGAAGUCAAAAAAGAGCACAGAUGAAGCGAGCCAGACUCUGGACAACGAAACGGUCAAUAAGCUGUGUGGAAUCCUCAACAAAAGUCAAGUGCCGUGGAAGGAGCUGGCAGAGAAACUAGGCAUGCUCACAUUGACACACUUGUACCAAGAUAGUCCUUCCCCUUGCCAGAACCUUCUAGAAAACUAUCAGUUAAGCGGUGGUCCAAUAGAGAUGCUUGUGGAUGCGCUGCAGGCUCUCGACCUGAAAGAAGCAGUCUCACUCCUGACAGCCAGGCAGGCCAGUGAGGACAAACAGAACACACACACAACAGUGGACAGCGGCUUUGCCAGUCAGGAGGCGGACUCACAAGCUGUGGCUAAUGACUGAGCAACACAACUCCAUGAAACAAACUGAUUUUGUUUGAUGCUUGAUCUUCAAUAAGAGGAAUAGUUGUCCUUUUCAAGUUGUCACAGUAAAGACUUGGCAACCCCGGGCUUUUUAGUGUGGAGAAAGACAGAAGAAUGUGGUUAUGACUGGUGCUCUAAAUGCCACCUGGUAUGUAUUCAGUUUGUGGAAGAUAUAAGAACGGCAUACUGAGAUACGACUCCUCUUCGAUAUCCCAGAUGUACCAUUUGCAGUUGCCCUGGAAUUGCAGUGUCCAAUAAUGUUCUUGUGUAUGUUUUCUAAUGUAUUCGUAUAAAAAAUGUCGGUUGCAGAUGGAUUUUUUUUUUUCAUGUUGACGAGUGCUUUCGAUUUAGUGUAUUACUAAUACUGUGUAUUUAUAUAAGGUAAGUUUUUCAGCUAUAUACCUGUGCAAUAGAGCCAUGCUUGAUUAUUUUUCAUAAUACAUCUAAUUGUUUGCUUUCUCUCUGUCAUGGAAAUAAAUAUAUUUUAAAAGCAAA